CAAAAACAGUCUCGCGGGCGGUGCGGUGCGGUGAGCGGCGGCGCGGGGAACCCCAGGCGGUCACUGAGCGGAGCGGAGGGCGGCCCGGACCCCCCGCAGCUCGGCAGCCACACCGUCUGAGGCGGUGGGCUUUGGAGCAAGGGAGGGUGUGGAGAGAGCAAAGCUCGGCCCUCCCUCCCUCCCUCCCUCCCCGGGCCUCUCUGCCUCCACCUCACCGUCCAAUUCCUCUCCUCCUUUCACGACUUCUUUCUCUUUCCUCCUCUCUCGUCCGACUCCCGGUCCUCCUCUCCUCCUCCUCUCCUCCUCUCCCCUCCUCCAGUCUGUUCUGUAUUUGAGGAAAGGGGAAGGCCAUGGAGCAGUGCCUGAAUGUGGAGCGGGAGCUGGAUAAAGUUUUACAGAAAUUCACCUCGUACGGGCAGCACUGCGACCGGACCCUGGAGGAGCUGAUCGAGUACACGGGCGGCUUGAGGCAGGAGCUCACUCAGGCUGGAGCAGGACAAGAUGUCGAGCUCUCAGGGACGUUGUCGCUUGUUCUAUCUCAGUGUUGCAAAAGAAUAAAAGACACUGUUCAGAAACUGGCUUCUGACCACAAGGACAUUCACUGCAGUGUGUCACGAGUAGGAAAAGCCAUUGACCGGGUCUUUCGGCACGUUUCCCCUUUCUUUAUACUUACAGUAGAUGCCAAAUACUGCUCCUUUUAUCCGCGAAUGGGACAGAAUUUUGCUACUAAUCAGAGUUUUGAUGCUGACAUUAAUGGAGUUGCGAUAGAUGGAUGUUGGCAAACUGAUAGCCAGCGACUCCUUAGUGAGGUGAUGGUGGAACACUUCUUCCGACAAGGAAUGCUGGAUGUGGCAGAGGAGCUGUGCCAGGAAGCUGGUCUGUGCAUAGAAGGAAACCAAAAGGAGCCAUUUGUAGAACUGAAUAGAAUCUUGGAGGCACUCAGAAUAAGAGAUCUAAGACCUGCACUAGAGUGGGCAGUUUCAAACCGUGAAAUGUUGAUGGCUCAGAACAGCUCUCUUGAGUUCAAGCUUCACAGAUUGUAUUUUAUUAGCCUGUUAAUGGGGGGUAGAGAAAACCAGAGGGAAGCACUACAGUAUGCCAAGAACUUCCAACCGUUUGCUUUACAUCACCAGAAAGACAUCCAGGUGCUGAUGGGAAGCCUAGUUUACCUAAGGCAGGGAAUAGCAAACUCACCAUAUGUGCACCUGCUGGACUCUAACCAGUGGGCUGAUAUUUGUGAUAUCUUCACCAGGGAUGCCUGCUCACUUCUUGGACUCUCAGUGGAAUCGCCUCUUAGUGUCAGUUUUUCAGCAGGAUGUAUUGCACUGCCAGCUCUCAUUAACAUCAAGGCAGUCAUUGAGCAGCGACAGUGCACUGGAGUAUGGAAUCAGAAAGAUGAGUUGCCAAUUGAAGUAGACCUUGGUAAAAAAUGUUGGUACCACUCAAUAUUUGCCUGCCCAAUCCUCCGGCAACAGACAACAGAAUCAAAUCCACCUAUGAAGCUAGUCUGUGGGCACAUAAUCUCACGAGAUGCUCUGAACAAAAUGAUUAAUGGAAGCAAAUUAAAAUGCCCGUAUUGUCCGAUGGAGCAGGCGCCAGGUGAUGCAAAGCAGAUCUUCUUCUGAGGAGCAUUAGAGAAUUGUGUAUAUUGUAACACUGGUUUGGGAAGUGCUGAACAUUUUGUUGUCCUGUUGGACUAAUGCUUAUUAAGUUUCAGAGUGGUGUGUACACGCCAAUGUAUAUUUGAGACGGACAGAGGAGGAAAACUACUGGAUAUAUAUUAGUUAUAAUAGGGCUUUUGAAUAGUCUUGGACUUGGUAUUUGAUCAAGUGAAUACACCAGCACUCACCAUUUCAUGCAGUUAUUUUAUAUUGAAACAAUACACAGUGCAUUUUUUAACUUAAUGGAUAUGUAAUCACCCAUGAAAAAUGCAUUUAAUGAUUCCUCCUAUUAUCAUUGUCAUUACAUGGGUUAUAUUUGAGUUUUGCUUUUUUAAAAUAAAAGUUAUCAGUGUGAUUUUCAUCUUGGAAAAACUGAAUGUAUGAGUAGAUGAUAACUAUUGGUGGAUGUUUGCAUACCUUUUUAUGUUCAUUUGAUUGAGGUAGCUUUGAUAUACUUUCAUGUAAUUUUUUUCCUGAUAAAUUUAACACAAAACUCAAACGUUGAGUGGGCAUAUAUUGGGCCCCGAGGGGCUAAUUAUUUAAAUUUACUGUAAAUUUAAAUAAGCUUUUUGCUUAGCUAAUAGAGCACAAAGUAUUGGCAUGGGGGGAAAAAGAUGCAUGAAGGAUAAGCUUGUAUGAGUUUUUUGCUUCAAAUAGAUAACUUAGUUAGCUGUAUGAUGCCAUGUCCAAUACAUAACUACAACAUUGAAAUAUAAACUGAAAAAAAACGAUUAAACACAUUCUAUACAAAAUCUAUUUUGUGUAUUCUGUAUUCUGCACCACCAUCUUAUAUUGAAGGACAGACCAAGUUUGUGUAUCAAUGCAAUUCCACUUGGAUUUUCUUGAUGUUUUUAAAUCUUGUUUUCUUGAAUAUAUUUUAUGAAGGAAGUAUUGUUGGUGUGCAUAUUGGGAAGAAAAUCUUAAAUGCUGUACUGGUAUGUGGAUGGCUUACAUUAAAUUAAGAAUAUAUACAUUUGA